AAACAAACAAAUAAAAAUACUUGGUGACGGCGGGGUGGGGGAACCGCGGUGGUGGGGGGCCUAAGGGUGGUAGUAUUAAUCAGCCCCUUCCCCAUCCCCAUCCCUGGGAUUGGAGUAGUAGAGAACAACACCGCAACCUUCCCGGAUCCGGGGACCCCAAGGGGGUCCAAGAAUGCUGUUGGUAGCCCUUUCAAUCCAAUAGCCUUGGAAAAUAAGAAUACGGCUUGGAGUGUGUCUCUGAAAUGGAAUCCAGCAAGCGUACCAGCCCUAUUGGGGUAGUUGUGAAGGACUACCUUGUAUAAUUGAUAAGCCAAGAGACAGUGCUGCACAACAAAAACACUGAUGGCCGCAUUGUUUUGCUUAAGAAGCAAGCAUGGGCCAGAGUGGAGGAAAAAUUCAACGCCUCCGGUUUAUCGGGGAAGAAGACUGUUCAGCAACUAAUGAAAGUUUGGGAACGUCUAAAAGCAAAAGCAAAACAGGAUGACACAGAGUUCAAACGGGCAGUGCGGAAAACUGGUGGAGGUCCACCUCCAACCCUCCCAGAUGACACAGCUAAGGUCAUUGGCAUCAUUAGUAGUGAGGUUAAUGACCUUGGAUGUACAUUUGAUUGUGACACUGGCUGGCCCUUCUGAUUCUGAUUUUGCAUCACCAGCUGUCUCUGAGAACACUGCCAUUACCAUUGUCCUCGAUGAACCGGUGGCAUCCUCAAGUGUUCCAGGGAGAACAACAGCAUCAGUGUGUGCCCCAAAAGCACAUGAAUCGAUGCAAAAAAAUCUCGCCACCGUAUCAAAGAAGAGGAAGAGGAGAUUCUCUGAAACCAACCCUGCAACACUCCAGGUGAGUGAACAGCAAAAGCUGUUGCUAGAAGAACAGCUAAAGGUGGUGAAGCUGCAGCAACAAGGAGAGAGGGAGAAAAAUGAAGAAUGUAUGAAGCUGUGGAAGUUGAAGGAAGAGAAGGAGAGACUGAAAAUUCUACUGCUGAAACAAGAACUUAGAGAAGGGUCAAAAGAAGAGUGGGUUUAAGUUGGUUAAAUUAUACACAUAGAAAUUCUAUAUCAAAAUCACAUUUUUUAUCAAAUAUGUAUUGACUUACAGUAUUUUUUCAUUGCCCCUUUGCUUGACACAGCAUUCAUUAUAUACAAGACUGCAAAGAUUAAAAGUACUCACUUAUAAUUCUAUCUCCAUUUCCUAUUUGUCUAUAAUCAUAAUGACAAACAGCAAGACUCAAAUAUUUAUAAUUUAAUCAAAAUAAAAAAAAGUACUUCAGGCACCAGUCAAGGGCAAACAAAACAAGAUGAAAAAAAGGCCCACUCAUUUGCUGUGUCCCACAAGGUCAUGGCUAGUCCAAAACAGAGAGAGUUGACACCUUCCUCUUGAAGGAAUUCAAGUCGUAGGAUGAAAGAAAUAU